AUUCGGACGAAUAGGAAAACUCCAGCAUAUAAAUAAUUUAACCAAUAAAAAGGGUUUUUUAUAUAAAAAACGAAGAUAAUAUAAUGUCAGUACACGCUUCGGCUUUUUACAUACGAUUUUCGAAUUAAUUUACGGGAGGAGCGAAUACGAAACAAUCAUGAGGUCAUGUGUUGUCGAAUCAGGUGCUAUUGACUCUCGUCAUUAUUAGUUUUUUAAGUGCAUAAUGUGAUAGAAAAUCGAAAGACGACCACCAGAAAAUGGAGAGUACGCAUUUCUACAGAGUACUGUACGUUUUAGUACACGCUAUCUAUACAAUUGUAGAGGUAAUUUGGAACGCGACGUUGUGGAUCGUUCGCGAAUUCGAACUGAUACAUUCGCGAUACAAAAACGUACGAAAAAGACUGUUUACCCUAAGCAAAACUCCGAAACAUUUAACCGUCAUCGUCGGCCACGAUGAUUGUAGUUUAAGAGAUUUAACCAACCUCAUAAUUUGGUGCAUAGCCGUCGAAAUUCCCUAUAUAAGCUUCUACGAUUUCAAAGGUAAAUUGAAGAAAGAAGAGGAGCGAUUCCGGUCGAUGGUAGAGUCUCAAAAGCAUUCCACGGACCACAUCGUGUGGCACAGAACGGCCGGAACGUACAAAAACGGCUUCGUGGGCCGUAAAAUCCACGUGAAAAUACUAACGGAAGAGGACGGUAGAGAAAACAUAGUAAAUCUAACUAAAGAAUUAGCCGUAGAUAGAGAUAGAGCGAACGGUAUCAGUAUAGAGUCGAUUAACGGAUGGCUGCUGGAACGGUUCGAGUUCCCCGAUCCCGAUAUGGGAUUGGUCUGCGGCGGGCGUUUGCACAUCCUGAACUAUCCCCCCUGGCAGUUGAGGUUGACUGAAUUCUUUAGAUUAAACGAUUUAUCCAACAUCACAUUUUCCUCGUUUUUAGAUUACUUGGAGAUGUUUUCCAAAUGCGAACAGAGAGUGGGAACGUAAUUUUUUUUUUAUAGUUUACAUUUCAAUUAUUCUAUUUAUUAAAUAAAAUCGUACUGAAUGUUA